AUGUCGCAAUACGCUUUCCCAGGCACAAGUCCAUCACACCGACCACAUCCCACCGGCUUUGCCGGCUACAAUUAUUACAUGGACGCCAAAGCGCGUCACGCAACUGCCAUGAUCGAGGAAGAGAAGCGAAUGGCCCGUAAUCAACAACUCAUGGACGCCUACGGGAGCAAAGAGUCACUAUCGGAUAUGCAGCAAGCGCUUGAUGCGUAUCACGCUCGAUAA